UUUAGUACGAAUGAUGAAAUUGUUAUUGCCAUUUCGCCAAAAGAAAAUAUCAAUAAAGUGAUCUGAGAAAAUAUUUUACUCCGCAUAUGAAUAAUUCAAAAUGCUGGCCAAAAAUUCAGUUUCAAAAUUACAUUGAUACAUGUAAUUAAUUCCAAAAAAAGCUAAAGAGUUGGUUGCAUCAAGCGGAUAAAAUUGCUGCGUACUUUGUGAAUUCAUGCAGCCAAUAUCCAAACAUUAGUACCAUUGUUACAUCGAUUUUUAGUACGAAAUACAACACGAAUGACAUUUCAACCAAAAUUGUUUAUAUGUGUCAUUGCGGCUUGACUAUUUGCUUCACCGUCGAAACACAAUCACUCUAAUAGUCGAUUUAAGUUAUAUUCCAAAAAUUGAUUUGAUUUAAAAAUCUUAAAUAUCAUCAGAUUGAACUGAAUUUUGUUCUAUUUCAUAAGCUGUAAAGAUGUUUCUUACUCGUUCGGAAUACGAUCGUGGUGUCAACACAUUUUCACCAGAAGGGCGUCUAUUCCAAGUCGAAUAUGCCAUAGAGGCAAUCAAAUUGGGAUCAACAGCGAUCGGCAUUCGCACGCCUGAAGGAGUCGUUAUGGCUGUAGAGAAGCGAAUCACAUCUCCACUCAUGGAACCAUCAACGGUUGAGAAAAUCGUCGAAGUAGAUCGGCACAUCGGGUGUGCAACAUCAGGAUUGAUGGCUGACGCAAG